GCCAGUACCAUCGUGUUUAUUAUCUCUAAGGAAACAACAUUGUUCACCUGGAAAACCAAUGCCAUCUUCAAUAAAGAUUUGGGGGAGGAGUGGCAACCAUGAAGAUAAACACAUAACUGAUAAGAGAUGUGCGUCCUCAUAGGUAAAAUUCUAGAGAACAAUUCAGGUCAUCAAAAGUCUUUGUCAAAGAUAGAUGUGGAGGCAGAAGGAUCAGUAUUCAAUGUCAUUCUUGGCACCACGUCUCAAAAGGCAAACAAAAGCAAGAGAAACAAAGCUAACGCUUAUAGAACUGUAGAGGACAGAUUUUCGUCAGUAAUAAAUUUUGCCAAGAGUCCCGUAUGAACAUAUUUCAACUUCUACUUGCAUAAAAGGACCUGGACUUUCACAGAAAGGAUGGAGGCAGAGGGAGAGGGACAGGAAGGACUUCUACAGGGUCCGGGAAGUAGGAAAUUUUAAAGGGGUGGUUGAUGUAAACAAGACUGGCUACUGUGUGCACUGUGAGCCAGCAGAUGUCAGUCAAGAUUCCACCCUCUAAAGGAGACUUGGAGCCAGAGGCCCUAAUCUCAGAUGUGGGCCAGAACAGUCAGUUCUUUGGCACACUUGAGUUUUUCAGGCAGGGAUUUUAGGGGAGGUGAGGGUCAUCCUAGAGAUACAGCCUUUAAAGGUCCAGACUGGAAAAUGCUCAGAGAAAACAGUAUAGAAGUUGGUAAAGGGCAACUUUUUAUCCAUGUUUAGCUAAGAUGUAAAGAUUAAAAAAAAAAAAGAAAAAACCCUAAGCCUUUAAAUAUAGCAUCUGGGAGUCCAAGACAGGUGGAUCUCUGUGAGUUCAAGGUCUAUAUAGUGAGUUUUAGGACAGUCAAGAAUACAGAAUGAAACCUUGUCCAAAAAGAGAAAGAAAACCCACCAGUCAGAAAUAAUGUGCGGGGUAACACUCAACAGUGCACACUUGUAACCCCAGCAUUUGGAAGGCUAAGAACACAAGCUUAACUAGCCAGUCAGCUAUAAACUGAGAUCUCUGUUUCUAGGUUCUAACCACAUCUUUCUCCCAUGCCCCACCUACCAAUGCCGCUGGUCCACAGAACUAAAUCUGGGGGAAAUGGUGCAGCUGCGCUGUGUUCUCAGCUUUAGCUCCAAUACUAGGGCCACUUGACAGGGUGCCUGCAUUCUACUUGGAAGCUCUGCAGUAACUGGGAUGUAGCCUGGAGUUUUAGACGUUUUCAGAUGAGCUAAGUGUAAUGCCUCAUGUCUAUAAUCCCAGCAUUUGGGAGCCUGGAACAGUUGCAAGACCUUGUUUUAAAGGUAACAUCAAUAACAAAACAGGGGGGAAAAAGAAAAGAAUGUUUCUUAGUGAUCCCUAUGAGCAAGUCAGGUUCUUGUCUGGAGGCUUCUGUUCUCUGAUUCUUACAGAUGUCCUGUGAAAAGAUGGGCACUUGACAGUGAACACGUCACAGUAACGGAGAAAUAACCCGAGGCAGAGAUUCAUGGAGAGAAGAUACAGGAAUGGGAUCACAAAUUCCUGACCUCCGGUUCUGAAUCUGCCCAAAAGUGACUGCUGUACAGGAGGAAGACCCAGAAGGUGAAUUACCAUGUUCCCCGGGAAAGAAGCUAGUGGCUUGGCUUAAUUUCUCAUGCGUAUUAAGUCGUUUGUAUCCCUAUUGCACGCAUGAAAGUGGAGCUUCAGCCACCCGAUCAAAACCCAGUCAGUGGACCCAAGGAAGCUGGGCAGAGUGGCUUCCUCUCCUGGAUAAAGUGUUGCACCAACAGAAGCCUAAGUAGGCCAGAAGGGUCUGCAGUAUUCUGAUAGCGCUGCAGCAGCCAGUCCACACCCACAUUUUUUGAGUAGUCUUAAUCAUGGCAGCCGUUGAAAGCAGCCUAGAGAAGAAGAUUGGACCGCCUGGUCUUGUACGCUCCAGUGCCCGUUAGAGCUGCAUUACUGGUCGAUGGCUUUGCCUUGGUCCAUUUGUGCACUGUUAUUUAUAUGUGUGUGUUGGGGGGAAGGGAUUCCCACACCUGAGAAAAAGAGAGAUCACUGACCAUCCUUGAAAGACUUGGGAAUAUGUCACUGUUCACAUGUGACAGACGUCAUCACUGCUCACAGCUGGGAGACGUCACUCCUCACCCUUGGGGUACUUAUGAGGUUUCCAGCUGUGGGCAGUAGAGAGGCCGUGUCCAAACUCAGGCCACCUGAAGGCCGCUGUUCAAAUCUUCAAAGGCUAAGGGUCACCCGGCCUUCAAGAUGCCUAGGGGGAACCAGCAACCACAGGAUCUCGACACCACCACCACAGAAGGCAGCCAUCCACUCCAACACCUUCAAAAGUGCAACAAUCCGAGGCAGACCCCAGAGCACACCCCCGCAGUGACCGAACAGAAGGGGGCCACACCCCGAGGCAGAGGCCGGGUGGGGCCGGCACGCACGCUGCCCUCCCAGUCCAAGCUCUCCUCCGUCCAGGGUUCGCGCACACGAGGCCCUCCUGCAGGCCAGCGGAUCCCAGAGCGGCCCAACCCCGCGGACCCACGCAAGGGCAAGGGGCUGGUGUCGGGGCGGCGUGACAGUCGGCAGCGGACGCCCUCCAACACGAAGCCCGAACCGUCCACGCCGAAGCCCCUCACCCCCGAGCAUCCCAACAUGGCCCGGGGCGGCAGUCAGAACUGGAGCUCGGGGGAGUCGGACGGCCAACCAGAGGAGCAGACUUCCGAGGAGAACGGAGACAAGAUGGUGAAGGAGACCCAGUACUAUGACAUCCUGGGGGUGAAGCCCAGCGCGUCCCCGGAGGAGAUCAAGAAGGCCUAUCGGAAGCUGGCGCUCAAGUACCACCCGGACAAGAACCCGGAUGAGGGCGAGAAGUUUAAACUUAUAUCCCAGGCAUAUGAAGUACUUUCAGAUCCAAAGAAAAGAGACAUCUAUGACCAAGGUGGAGAACAGGCAAUUAAAGAAGGGGGGUCGGGUAGCCCCAGCUUCUCUUCACCCAUGGAUAUCUUUGACAUGUUCUUUGGUGGUGGAGGCCGGAUGACUAGAGAAAGAAGAGGCAAGAAUGUUGUGCACCAGCUGUCAGUAACUCUGGAAGACUUAUAUAAUGGAAUCACUAAGAAACUAGCCCUCCAAAAAAAUGUAAUUUGUGAGAAAUGUGAAGGCAUUGGUGGGAAAAAGGGAUCCGUGGAGAAGUGCCCUCUGUGCAAGGGGCGGGGGAUGCAGAUCCAUAUCCAGCAGAUCGGGCCGGGCAUGGUACAGCAGAUCCAGACUGUGUGCAUCGAGUGCAAGGGCCAGGGCGAGCGCAUCAACCCCAAGGACCGCUGUGAGAACUGCAGUGGCGCCAAGGUUACCCGAGAGAAGAAGAUUAUCGAGGUGCACGUGGAAAAAGGUAUGAAGGAUGGGCAAAAGAUACUGUUUCAUGGAGAAGGCGACCAGGAGCCUGAGCUGGAGCCUGGUGAUGUCAUAAUUGUGCUUGAUCAGAAGGAUCAUAGUGUCUUUCAGAGACGAGGCCAUGAUUUGAUCAUGAAAAUGAAAGUUCAGCUCUCUGAAGCUCUUUGUGGCUUCAAGAAGACAAUAAAAACACUGGAUGAUCGAGUCCUUGUCAUUUCAUCUAAGUCAGGUGAGGUGAUAAAGCAUGGGGACCUGAAAUGUGUCCGCAAUGAGGGAAUGCCCAUCUACAAAGCCCCUCUGGAGAAGGGGAUGCUGAUCAUACAGUUUUUAGUAGUCUUCCCUGAAAAACAGUGGCUUUCUCAGGAGAAGCUUCCUCAGCUGGAGGCUCUGCUUCCCCCUCGGCAGAAGGUGAGGAUCACAGAUGACAUGGAUCAGGUGGAGUUGAAGGAGUUCAAUCCCAACGAGCAGAGCUGGCGCCAGCACAGGGAAGCCUAUGAGGAAGAUGACGAUGGGCCCCGCGCUGGCGUGCAAUGCCAGACAGCAUGAUGGUGCGGUGCGGCAUGGCCUGGUUGGACUAGUACAUGAUGAAUGUAAACUUGGCACAAUGAAAAUGGCAUCGCUUUAAUAGCCUCGUGUUUGGGGUGUCCUGUUAUGUGUUCAGCAGUCUCCAUUGCUGAGUAUCUUUUGGGUUUCCUUGUUUUUCUUCUAGUUGUAACUUAAGUUAUAGCUUGAUUUAUAUUUAAAUGUUUUAAGUUCAAUCACUUCUAGUCUGCAUAUGGAAUCUGUUCAUUUGUACUUUCAGGACAUAUUUCGGAGAUGCCAGUAUCACACUGACCUUUUGUGCUUAGUGGCUUUGCCAUGGUUCAUUCCCACAGUAGGCCCAGAGAGCCACACUUGGGCCCUAACAAAGGCAGACAAAGUGGGUGUCUGGCCCAUCUCUAGCCUGUGGUUUUUCUCCCCUUUCUCCCUUGGCAGAGUCACCGAGGAUACGAGCUCAGGUCUGCUAGUAACAUUUCUGAAUUUAGACUCUAGAACUCUUAGAUAGUAAGAGCACAUGUAUGGCUUGCAGUAGGCCCGGCAUGCCUGGUUCACACUGAGUAGGCUGGACUCAAAAGCUGCAGAGCCAGUCUAGGGCCUACCGUUCUUUCCCCUUGACUAAGGUUAGAAAGGGGUUUGUUUGAACAUCUCUUUUGGAAGUUUUCUGAACUUCCCAAGCCUUGUGAUGACAAGCCCAUUUUAAACGAUAAGCCAAUAAAACCAUUUGCCUGUGACCCCAUACUUUGUUCUUUGUGGUCUUAAUGAUUAUCUGUUGAUGACUUUUUCAGUGUUGUCCCACCAAAGUGCUUUCCCUAAGGAAGGCUAUAUCCCUGGCAGCCUCUGUGCACCUGCAGAACCAACCAAAGGGAAGUGCUGGUGGCUUAGCUCCUGGCACAGCCAGCUUAAUGUCUUAAGGCCUCAGUAUAUCUCCUUCCUAAAGGCCCGUUCUUCUCACUGUACAGCCAUACUGCAAAGGGCUUUCUGCUUUUGAUGUGUGGUGAGAACUGACCCAACCAGGUUCUAGUUAGCUGACAUGAACAUCACUGACAAUGAUAGCUGCUUGGGACAGGUCCUGGCAAGUAGACUGCACUUUAAAUAAAGGCUACCUCAGCCUCUAGCCAUUACUACUCCCUUUUCUACAAUGAAGUUAAAUACCCUGCUUCUCAAGCUGCUGGGAUGA